AUGAGUGAAAAAGAAGUCCCUUAUGAAAAGCUCAAAGAAGGAUAUAUGCAGCUACUUACAAAGAACAAAUCAUUGAAGCAAAAUCUUGAGAAAAGCCAAAAGAAUUGCGAAUUAUUGCAAAAUGGCCUCGCUGAAAGAGAUCAAAUGAUAGAAGUUCGUAACAAAAGCAUUUCAGAACUUAUUUCUAUUAGAGAAGAUCUAAAUAGACAAAUACAAGGCUAUAAAUCACAAAUUGAAUCACUAGAACAAUCAAAAUUAGAAUUAGAAAAUAAUCAAACGACUUCAGCUGAGCAAAAUCCACAAGAGCCUAUGUCUGAAGAGCUAAUUCAAGAGUUUAAUAACGAAAGAAGACAAUUGCAUAAACAAAUUGAAGAUUUGAAAAAUGAAAUUUCACAAAAGAGUGAGCAAUUGAGCGCAAUAACCACAGAAAAAGAUAGCCUCAAUUCUAAUUAUAUAAGUUCCCAAAACGAAAUUACUAAUUAUAAGCUACAAAUAUCAAAUUUGACAGAGCAAAUCAAAAACUUGGAAAAUGAAAAAGUAUCGCAACAAAAAUCAAUAGAAUCGUUGCAACAGUUCAAAGAAGAGGCACAAAAAGCUCUUCAAUCCUCAGGAGAAGGACAAUCUCAAAUAGUCAUGCAAUUAGAGAAAAUUGAUCAGCUCCAAAAGGAAAUUUCACUUUUAAACGAUAAAUACGAUAAAGAUACCACUCAAAUUAAGCAAGAAAACAAAGUAAAAGAAGAAAAAUUUAAUGAAAUUGUACAAAAUUUAACAAACCAAGUUAAUUUACUUAAGGGUGAUAAUGAGAAUCUUCAAAACAGCCUUAAUACUGCCCAAAAUUCGUUAAAUGAAAAAGAGAAAAUAAUAAUUGAAUUUGAUUCUCUGAAAAAUUCACUGUUAACAGGUAAUUCCGACCUUAAAAUCAAGUCAGAACAAUACGAAAAGGUCAUUGACUCACUAAACCAAGCCAAUUCUGAUUUACAGAAUCAAAUCCAAAUUUUGAACCAAAGAAAUGAAGCUUUACAAGCAGAUGUUGCCAAACUAAUGUCAGAGAAGAAGAGAAUAGACGAACUUCUCAUAGAAAAAGACUCAAGUAUCACGGAAAUGACCCAAAAAAUUGACAAAAUGAGAGAAAAUGACAAACAACAGGCGCAGCAGAGCCAACAGAAGCUGCAAAUGCUUGAGAAGGAGAAGCAGAACUUCGAUGACCAACUUUCUUCAUAUAAAACUAAGAAUGACGAGUUAUCAAAAAUUAUUCAGAUGCAAUCUGACGAAUUAAUACCAUUAAGGUCCGAAAACGAGUCAUACAAAGUGAGAAUAGCUACCCUUGAUAACGAAAUCAAGCUCAGAACAGCUGCUGAAGCAGAAAAGAAGAUAUUAAGUGAAGAAAACUCAAAUUUAAAGGAAGAAAGGAAAAUUAUGAAGGAAGAACUCGUUAAUUAUCAUAAAGCACUGAAUGAACUCAACAGUACUAAAGAAGAACUCGAAGAAAUCAAAUCAAAUUUGGAAAAUGCAAAUAAGCAAGCAGAAUUGGACCAAGAGAGCUUUGAAAAGAGAGAAAACCAACUGAAUGAGAUAAUUCAGUCAUUAGAGAAGACAGAUAAUGAGAAAAACAGCACAAUUAACUCACUUUCUUUGACAAUUCAGAAUUUGCAAGACCAGGUCAAUGAAAGUACAGCGAAAUUAUCUCUUCUUAAGGAUAUCGAAACAAAAUACAAAGAUCUUCAAGAAAAAUUGAAGAAUUCUGAAAUUAAAUUAAAAGAAGCAGAAGAUACACUUGAAGAAGAGAAAAUGAAGGUUGCUAAGUAUAUUAAAUCGAACAAGCAACUUGAAAUUGCUAAAAAUUCUUCAGAUAAAAAGAUUCAAAUUUUAGAUGAAGAAAUUUUAACAUUAAAGAAGAAAAUUAAUGCAAUAGAGAAAGACAGAGGACAAGUUACAGCUAAUACAGCUAACACUGCCUUAUUCCCUGACUAUAUUCGAAAAGUUUUGUUACAAUUCUUCACAAAAGAUGCUUCAGAACGAGAAGCAUUAAUCCCUGUCAUUCUUAAACUUGUGUCUUGUACUAAUGAUCAGAUUACGGCCGCUCAGAGAUGUUAUGCCGAAUCAAAUCAAGUUAUUUCUCAAGCUUUCUCAUUUUUCAAAGGAAAGAAGUGA